AUGCAUAUGAUCACAACCACCAUGAUUUUUAUGAUUCUUGGUGCUUCAAUUGUAAUGGCGAUAGCCUGUUUAAUGGACAUGAACGCACUACUGGAUCGCUUUCACAACUACAUCUUACCGCAUCUACGAGGGGAGGACCGCGUCUGUCACUGCAACUGUGGAAGGCAUCAUGUCCACUAUGUAAUCCCAUACGAUGGGGACCAUUCCUUGGUGGACUCCUCAGAGAACUACUUUGUCAGUGACAGUGUGACCAAGCAGGAGAUGGACUUGAUGUUGGGGCUGCUGCUGGGCUUCUGCAUCAGCUGGCUGCUGCUGUGGCUGGACGGCGUCCUACACUGCGCCGUCAGGGCCUGGAGGGCGAGCCGGUACUAUGAUACCCCGUCCUGGUCAUGGCUGCCCCAGUUCUGCAACCUUCGAGACCUCCGUCGCCGAGCCCAGCUCAGACAGCUGGAGGACUCCAGCGGCAACAUGGUCCACAUCAAGCAGAAGCUCUACCACAACGGCCACCCUAGUCCCCGCCACCUCUGACUCUAAAAAAAAAAUAAAAAAAUAAAAAAACCUAGACCCCCUUCCCCUAAAACACCUUCUCCUCUCCUCUCUAAACCUUCCCAAACUGCCCCUUGGCCAACUGUUGCCUCAGAGACCCUGGAAAACUGCCCUCCCUCUGUUCAUAACACGGCCCCCUUAAACCCCCAUGACAGGACUUUCUUAUGACUAAACCCGGCCCCUGUCAGCACUAAAAAAAAAAAUCCCCAAAUGGAGCAAGAUGACGAUUAUUUGUUGCCACUGAAAUCUUGUCUUAUGUCCAUGUCCACCAUUGUGGGAGGAGGAAGAAAAAAAAACAUUUUUAAGGGUGUUUUUUCUGUAUAGAGACAUUUUCUGUGUUCAUUGUUAAACUUGGCAUGCUCUUUUAGAACAGGGUAAGAUGUGGGCAACGUAUGGAGCGGGCGGCAAGACGGGUGUCAGGAUAUUUUUUUUUUUCUCUAUUGGGUGGGAGUGGGACUUUGUCGGCGUGGGGAGGGGCGAACGAGACUGGUGGGUGGGUGGUUUUUUGUGAUGGUUAGAUUGCUGCUUCUGUAAAUAGUUAUAAAUACGGGCAAGUGGGAUUUAACUUUAAAAGGGGGUGCGUGGGGGGAUUUUUGUGCGAGUCGUUUAUCAAUAGAAAACCUAAUGAUGGAACCGUGUGGUUAAAGAUUACAGGAAUGGAACAGGAAGUCUGUUUGAAAACUGGAUGUGAAACCAUGUGAUUUCUGCUAAAAACACAGAUUAAUUAGCUUUGUUACUUAGUGAAUUAACUGAAUGUAUUAAUUUUCCCUGUAAAUAUGUGAGGGGGAGGGGAGCGUGUGCGGUUGCGGUCGGGGUUCUCUUUGCUAUAUUAUCAUUCUUUAGUAGACACGGGAGAAGAAAUAAAUGCCAGCCAAGAUGAGUUCAACACACACCCUCCAUCUUCCCCACACUGUGCUCAACAGCACAGUUCAAUUUUCUUUUCCAAUUCCCUCUCACUUAUCAGGAGCAACCAGCCUAUCAGCAGAGGGAACCCUCACCCAGCCCCCCCCUCGUCCUCUCUGUCCAGACAUUGCUGUUGUGAGGAUGAAAUGUCUGUUUUAUUAAAAGUGCCAUUGAAGCACAACAGUGA